AUGGCGAGCUUUGCUUCAUCUGGAAUCAGGCAGGCAGGACGCCGUCUCUGUGCCCAGAAUACUUUAUCGUCGAGACUUUUACAGCGCCAUUCCCGCAUUGCCACACCAGCUCUGCAAACUGUCGCUCGCCGAGGUUACGUGUCCGAGUCGAAGAAGGAUGAAGCUCAAAUCUUGGGCGACGUCGCCAUCAAGGUAAAGAACCCGGCUUUUCCUUCAUCAUCGCACGCCGCUGGCCAAGCUCAAAAUGCUUCCGUCGAUGCAAUUUCCAGUGUUGUGAAGGAUGCUUCGAUAUUAGAACAAGGGGGUCGCCCGAUCUAUCUUGACAUGCAGGCGACCACCCCCGUUGAUCCCCGAGUCUUGGAUGCCAUGCUUCCUUUCUAUACGGGUGAAUACGGCAACCCCCAUUCUCGGACGCACGCGUACGGUUGGGACAGCGAAAAAGCUGUUGAGGUGGCCCGCUCCCACAUCGCAAAGUUGAUCGGGGCCGACCCCAAGGAAAUUAUCUUUACCAGCGGUGCUACUGAGAGCAACAACAUGAGCAUCAAAGGCGUCGCCAGGUUUUUCAAGCGAUCUGGAAAGAAGAACCACAUCAUCACCAGUCAGACGGAGCACAAGUGCGUGCUUGACAGCUGUCGCUACCUCCAGGAUGAGGGCUUCGAAGUGACCUACCUCCCCGUGCAGCCGUCGGGUCUCAUCAAGCUCGAAGACUUGGAAGCUGCUAUCCGACCCGAAACUUGCCUCGUCAGUAUCAUGGCAGUGAACAACGAGAUUGGAGUCAUUCAGCCCAUGGCAGAGAUUGGAAAGUUGUGCCGAAAGCACAAGGUCUUCUUCCACACUGAUGGCGCUCAAGCCGUUGGCAAGAUCCCUCUCGACGUCAACGCUAUGAACAUUGACUUGAUGUCCAUCUCGUCGCACAAGAUCUACGGCCCAAUGGGCAUCGGUGCUUGCUACGUCCGUAGACGGCCUCGCGUUAGAUUGGAGCCUAUCAUCUCUGGUGGUGGCCAAGAGCGAGGUUUGAGGAGCGGUACCCUUGCGCCGCCCCUUGUUGUUGGAUUCGGGAAGCCUGCCGGAUCGCGAUAUGACUCCAAGCGGGUCAAGUAUCUCUCCGAUCGACUCCUUAACGGCCUCCUAGCGAUGGAGCAUACGCAACAGAACGGCCACCCCGAUCACUUCUAUCCCGGUUGUGUGAACGUUUCGUUUGCCUACAUCGAGGGUGAAUCCCUCCUAAUGGCUCUCAAGGACAUUGCCCUCUCGUCUGGCAGCGCCUGCACGUCAGCAUCUCUCGAGCCCAGCUACGUGCUCCGAGCGUUGGGUAACAGCGAUGAGAGUGCGCACAGCAGCAUUCGCUUCGGUAUCGGCCGAUUUACCACAGAGGAGGAGAUUGAUUAUGUCCUUGACGCUGUGAGGAACCGCGUACAACAUCUCCGCGAUAUCAGCCCUCUUUGGGAGCUUGUCCAGGAGGGUAUCGAUCUCAACACCAUUCAAUGGAGCCAGCACUAG